UAGCCAUUCUCACACAGGGCAAGCAGCCUCAACUAGUGCAAUCUUCAAUGAAAAUCUUGAAGGACUUUAAUUAAGCUCAUAAUACAAAAACUUGUUGCAAACAGUAUUUAUCUAUACCAGGAUUCUACAUAGUCAUAAUAUGGGUAUUCUUGCUGUGUUUGCCCUACCACUGCUUCUUCUAGGGAUCAGUGGAAUCAUUUAUAUUUACCAGACAGUCAUAUGGCUAGUGUCCAAAUCAGCAGUGCAGAACAAGGUGGUGGUGAUCACAGAUGCCAUCUCUGGACUAGGCAAGGAAUGUUCUCAAGUGUUUCAUUCAGGAGGAGCAAGGCUUGUGUUGUGUGGCAGAACAUGGGAGAAGUUGGAAGCCUUGUAUGAUGCUUUAAUUAGCGUGGCAGACCCCAGUACAACAUAUACACCAAAGCUCAUUCUUCUGGAUAUCUCAGACAUAGACUGCAUUCAAGAUGUAGCUAAGGAAAUCCUGAAUUGCUAUGGUUGUGUGGAUAUACUCAUCAACAAUGCAAGUAUGAAGGUAAAAGGAGCAGUGCAGAGCAUUUCAUUGGAACUUGAUAAAAAGAUAAUGGAUGCCAACUAUUUUGGACCUAUAACAUUAACCAAAGCCAUUCUUCCCAACAUGAUUUCUAGAAGAACUGGCCAAAUAGUUUUAAUUAAUAGUAUUCAAGGAAAAAUAGGAGUCCCAUUUCGUGCAGCUUGUAAGUUAUACAUUCAUUCAUAUGAUGCUGCUUCUAAACACGCUGCUGUAGGCUUUUUUGAUUGUCUUAGAGCAGAAAUGGAAGAAUUUGAUAUUUCUGUCAGCACUGUCAAUCCAACCUUCAUCUGUUCAUACCAUCAUCAGCCAGCACCUGGCAAUUGGGAGGCAUCAAUUUGGAAAUUCUUUUUCAGAAAGGUGACUUAUGGUGUGCACCCAGCAGAGGUGGCAGAGGAAGUCUUGCGCACAGUGAGCAGCAAGAAGCAGGAGGUGCUGAUGGCCAACCCUAUACCCAGAGCAGCUGUUUACAUUCGCACCUUCUUUCCUGAAAUGUUUUUUGCCGUUGUUGCCUCAGGGAUUAGGGAAAAACUGAAGACAGAACAAGAAAAUUGAUUUUGUUUCCUUCUCCCUGCUUACGACCUGAAAAAUGUUUACAUUUGAAAUAUCAUUUCUGCUACCAGUAUGGGUGGAAUAAAUAGGCUGCUACCCUAAACCUGCCAGUGUCUCAGUGAUUCACUACAAUUGGCACCCUAUCAUCUGUGAGAUUUCCACUCUUCUGGAUUUAGUGAAUAUGACAAGGGAAAACCUGAUAGGAACACCAUCACUGUUGUUACAGAGCAAUUCUCAAUAUAAAUGGGCAGGUCAAAGCUUUGGGGACUUGUAACAACUUAUCAGAAUAAUCUGUCAGAGCUAGGAUUGAUGGGGACUUAAUGGAAUGAAAGGAUUGGGAUGAAAGGAGAUGUGGGAGACAGAGGUAUACAAAUUAAUGGAAAAGGGCAUUGGAGCCCCGUCACAUUGUUCUCCAGAUACAGUUUUUUGUUAGUAUUUGUAAUGGAUAUUCAAAUAUUGACCUCCAAAUAGAGCUCAUCUAAUUCAAUGCCUCAGCUGUGACAGGACCCCAGAACAUAAGCAAAAAUAUAAGAAUGGGGCAAAAAUACAGAAUAAUGCUGUUGAUUAGAAUCUUCUAGUUUCUCACAACUGCUACACAAGCACAAUGCAUCCGUCUCUGCAUCUUAUUAAACUAUCCCUUCUAUCAAUUUUUUGCACAAGUAUUUUCAAAUUCUUGUUAAAAUAUUCCAUCCCUGAAGGCAGGAACUCAUCAUACAUUUAAAAACAUAUUCAUUUAUGCUUUCUUUAAAUCCAAUGUAAGAUAGUAUCUUCUGAUAUCUCCUACUUUUUUUCUAUGGAACAAAAAUCACUCUCAAUUUGUUCACUCUCUGUCAUUCAUACCCAUCAUACUUUCCAAGCAGUCACUUGUUUUCCAAGUUGAAGAGCCCUGUUGUCAAUUUGCCCUCUCUUUUGGAGGGCUUCUUAUUUUUCUUAAUGUCUUUCCUAGCUUAUCUGUUUGGGGUUUUACUGUUGUUUUUUUUGCUUGUUUUGUUGUUGUUUUAAGACAGAGAGGCCACAGCUGCAUGAAGUAUUCAGGAUAGAUAAAUACUCUGUAUUCAUAAACAGGCUUACGUAUAUUUCCUGCAUUACUAUCCUGUGCUUUUCUUCUGCAUUUCUUUUACAAAAUCCUAGUUUUGAGAUACUUUUCUAAUGGCCACUGAAAAUUGAGUUCGCCCGUUCCUUCUGUUAUGUGAGGUUAUUAUGCAGCAGAUCCAAUGUAAGCAUGAAUGCUAUUCAUGUCACUUGUGUAAAUUCACCAAAGUUCUCUCACUCCUAGCUACAAGGUUUCUCUUCCCUAUCAUACUUUUCCAGUUCAAUACUUACUUUU